AUGGCAGGGGCUGGCUAUGACGGCGUGAAUGGACGGGCGACGGUAGGACGCCCCACAAGUAGCGGAGCCGGUGUAAAGGAGGACCCUACUUUCGCUGACGAACUCUACAGCGCAGGGUGUGACCGUGUCUUUGUACCGACCCGGUGGGAGGAUGACUUGAAGCCGCUCAUGUCGGCCCUGGAUGUUCAACCAACACUUCACCGCCCAACCCUCAAAGGCUUGGCUAGCAACACUGCGCCUACUGAUGACGACUCUACCCUUACUGUGCAACGAGAAAUUCUGCAGAUUUGGAGGGAGAAGGCGCAAGCUCCUCCGCCGCCCCCAACAUCGCCUUUGGUGCAUGUUACACAUCUCCGCGGCAUUCUGCCCUCUGCGUUGGAUUGCAUGACGCUGCUGUCCUUACCGAUGUCCCUGAAAACGGGAUCGCUUCGCGUCAACGUUGACCAGUUCGGCUCCGAUAUUGGGGACUUUGCAGACAGAGCAAUGAGACUACGGUGCUGCACUGAGCAGGAAGCCUGGCGGAUUUGCGUUAGCCCGCUGAUCGCUAUUUCGGCGGCGCUGGCCGAGCUUUGCGAGACUUUGCAACAGCUCCCUGAGGACAAGGCCUUCGACCUGUCCUGGCCAGAGCUCGCACGACCACAAGUUUGGUGGUGGCUGCUUGUAGACGAGAUCGUUGCUCAAUUGCAGCAUGCGGCAGAAGCCAGUCAAGCCGCACCGCUGGCGCGAGAUGCCAGCUUUUUCGUCAUAGCACUCGGAGGGCCAGAGCGGCAUGCCUCUCCUUUGCAGUAUUGCGGAGCCCUGAUGCCCAUGCAGGUGCUGAUAUAUGUGCUCCGGCGCCUUGUGGACAACCCGGUGUUGAUUUAUGUACUCCGGCGCCUUGUGGAUAAACCGGCGGCCUAUCCGCAUCUGCAAAUUCUUGGGGUUUUCAAGGACACAGACUGCAGAGGGAAGUCUGCCCUCUACAAUGGGCAGUGGGACGACGGCUCCGCCAGUCUUUCGAAAAGGGGGUGGUCGCGCUCCAUCAUCCCGCUCUCCAUCCCGCCAAUUUUACGACUACUGGCAGCUGCCUUGGCGCGGGUCCGGCAAUGGAGCCAGCUGGAGGGUUACGACGUGCGGGGCGCUAUUUCAGUGUACCCCGA